AUGUACUCCCAAUGGGUGCGCGGCAGUGUUGUACUUUGCAUGUGUGCCGAUGCUCCUUUUGUCGUGUGGUUUUCUUUUCCUCUCCGCCGUGGCACCGCGAAGUGGAUGGUGCCGGUGGUGCGUUUGACCGUCAUGCCGUAUAUGUUUGCUUUUCCCUUUGUGUGGGCUCUGUGUGACUUUCCCUUUAAGGCCCACGCCGCCUUUUUCCUUUCUUAUACCGUCAAACUGUUUUGUCACCGCUCUCUGAUGUAUCCAUGGCCUGCGGUGGCGGUCUGCGGUGCCUCUGGCUGCCCACUGCUGUGGAGGGGCUGCAACUGCCGGGGCUGCUGUUGCUUCUCACUCCCGUCUCGUGGUGUCUGUGGCCUAUGUGUAAGAGAUUGA